CCGCAGGCUUCAGGCGGAGCUGCGGCGCCUCCCCGGCCGCCUCUCACCGCAUACGCCCCUCGCCGCAUCCCUGUCACUCCAGGCACCGCCGAUCGUGGACUCGCGUCCACUGCGCCACCGGGAGCCCAUCGGCGAAAUGCGGCGGAUUUCCAUCCACAGCAAGGACGCUGAGAUGCUGCUAUGUCCCUCAGCCCGGGUGGAACCUUUUUCCAUCUUCCCCCAGACUCAGAGCUGUUUGCGUGAACAGCCGAUUUUUGGUAAGAAAAAUCAAGGUUAAAUUGUAAAUGAAAAAAAAACUUUGUAGCAAUUAUAGGAAACCACGAUUAUAUAUAUUUACAAUCAAUCCUGGAUUUAAUUUUCAUGUCUGACGCUUGGUUUGAGCGCGAAUGUUUUUGUGGUAAAUUGGGUGUCCGUCUUCUUUAUUCUACUGUAUGGACAUGGUAAGGAUCACAGUGCAUUGCGAUAACCCAGCGAUCAGAGGCCACUUUAAAGCACAUUGCGAGGACAAUGCAUUGGUCACUGGCGAUAGCGCUGCUUCUGCUGCUCUGGAGCGCAGAGAUAAUCGCGCAAAGCGCAGUUAAGCGCAGCCGGGCUUCGCCGGACUCCGAGCGCAAGCUGCCGCCGUCAGGGCACCGGGCUACAGGUGUUUUCCCCGUGAUCGGCCGCAAGAUCGGGAUUGUGAGACAUGGAGCCUGGACGGAGACAAACGGGGGAUCUGCGGGGGAUAGCGCCCGCGCAGCAAGUGGCGCCCUCGAGGGGAGCAGAUUUGGUCGUAGGAUGCGCGAUUCGGGGGAGCUGAUGCGGGUUUUGCCGUCCCGGAUUUUCGACCGAGUUUGGCACAAGAGGAACCACAGGCAUAAGAGAGGCGCAAUAAAUAACCAGCGGAAAGCCGUUAACCGAGGGCAUAAAAGACUCGGCAAAAGCAGCUAUUUUCCCACGGAGCUGGAUGCUCUGCUGGAAGGUGCGAUGUGGGAACUGCCGCCCCGACCGCUGGCCCUUAAUCAGUCCACCAAAGGUCCAGCAGAUAUGGGCAAAACUUACCAACUAUUCACUGCACGAGAUGACUUUAUCGGGGUGACAACCAACGCGAUUCCCAUUGACACCAAAGCACAGGAGGUAACGAACCCCUUCUUCCCCCUGACCAAUGAGUCCUACAGGGCGUACGCCAUCAUGUGCGUAUCUGUUAUUAUUUUUACCAUUGGAAUUAUGGGAAACAUCGCGAUCAUGUGCAUCGUGUGUCACAACUACUACAUGAGGAGCAUCUCCAACUCUCUCCUGGCCAGCCUGGCCCUUUGGGAUUUUCUGAUCAUCUUCUUCUGCCUGCCGCUGGUCAUUUUCCACGAACUGACCAAGACCUGGCUACUGGGAGAGUUCUCCUGCAAAAUUGUGCCCUAUAUUGAGGUGGCCUCCCUCGGCGUGACCACCUUUACGCUGUGCGCCCUCUGCAUCGACCGCUACCGCGCCGCCACCAACGUGCAGAUGUACUACGAGAUGAUGGAGAACUGUGGCUCCACCUCGGCCAAGCUGGCCGUGAUCUGGGUGGGGGCGCUGCUGCUGGCGCUGCCCGAGCUGCUUCUGCGCCAGCUGGUACGCGAGGAGCCCGAGGUGCCGGGGGCACCAGCCCUGGAGCGCUGCGUGGUGCGCGUCUCCCCCGAGCUGCCGGACGCCGUCUACCUGCUGGGCCUGACCUACGACGGCGCUCGCCUCUGGUGGUUCUUCGGCUGCUACUUCUGCCUGCCCACCCUGUUCACCAUCGGCGGCUCGCUGGCCACGGCGCGCAAGAUCCGGCAGGCUGAGAGAGCGUGCGCACGCGGCAACAAAAAGCAGAUUCGGUUGGAGAGCCAGAUGAACUGCACAGUGGUGGGUCUGGCCAUUCUCUACGGCGUCUGCGUCAUGCCUGAAAAUGCCUGCAACAUGGUGUCGGCAUACGUGGCCGCCGGCGUCCCCCGGAGCUCCCUGGAACUGCUGCAGUUGCUCGGCCAGCUGCUGCUCUUCUGCCGCGCGGCUGCCACGCCUGCACUGCUGCUGCUCCUGUGCCGGCCGUUCGGGCGCGCCCUCCUUGAUUGCUGCUGCUGCUGCUGCGACGGCUGCGGACACGCACGCUCUUCGGCCACCGCCAGUGACGACAACGACCAUGAGUGCACCACCGAGCUGGAGCUGUCGCCGUUCAGCACCAUCCGCCGGGAGAUGUCUGCCCACGUGGCAGUCGGGACCCGCUGCUGAGGCUGCUCUGAGGUGAUAUGAGGCAGUGUCAGCCAAUCUGAAGUGCCGUGAGGGAGUGUGAGGCAGUCUCAGCUGGUUAGAGGCUGUCCCAGCCAGUUUGAGGUGGUGUGAGCCAGUCUCAGCCUGUUGAGGAGGGUGAGGCAGGCUGAGGCAGUCUCAACUGGUUUGUGGUGGUCUAAUGCAGUCUAAGGCGGUCUCAGGCGGUUUGAGGUGGUGUGAGGCAGCCUAAGGCGGCCUCAGGCGGUUUGAGGUGGUGUGAGGCAUUCCCAGCAAGUUGGAGGUGGUGUGAGAUGGUCUCAGCUGGCCUGAGGUGGUGUGAAGCAGUCCCACACUGUACAUAUGCACAGAUAUAUCUACAGGCAGUAAACACAUGUAUAAACAUGCUGUCUGUACAUUUAUUCUGUUGAUGUUAAAACUAUAAAGCUGGUGAAAUGUUUUAUAUAUUUUAUGUAUGUCUUGCAUAGAUAAAAUAUAUGAAACACAUAAGGAUAGUAAAUUUGUUUUUUCCUAAUGAGAAGUGUAAUCUUUGGGGUAGUUACAAUACAAUGUUUAUCGUGUAUUUAUGUAUACAAUAUAGGAACCUAUACAACCUCAUUACAGUUAUUGCUCUUGAAUUGUUAUGUCUAUACUGUAGAAUGUAUUAAAAGGGUCCAUUUGGCAAAAUAUUCCAACAGAAUGGAUAUUGAAAAGUGGUAACAACUUAUACACAUUCCAUUGGAGGUGGAAACUGUUUGGCAUUUGGUGUAAAACGUGUAAAGUACUAAGUAUCCUAGGUAUUGUACUUUUAUGUAAAUUUCCGCAUAAUGGUUUUUAGUAACAAAGAUAAAAUUCAAUUACAAGUUUUUUACUUUUCCAUCUGCACUUCUUUUUUGAAGUUUUGUAUAAUUUUUUUUAAUAUACAUAUAUAUUUUGCAUCUGCAAACGGAAUAUCUCGUAUCUUUGUUCUGCUGAAUAUGUGUGUGAAUAUGGCUGCCUGUGCUGUGCUGUGUCUGAUAACAGUGAUUCCCGUGAGCCUUCGCCAUGUCUGACAAGGGCUUUGCGUUUUUAUUAUGGGAAAAGGUAUAAUUUUAUAGCUGACAUGUACUGUACGCUUUGCUCAGAGAAAACAAGGACCAGCUUGCUUUUUUGGCUCGAAAGGCCAGUUUAAUAAUAAAAACAUUG